AUGGAAAUUGAAGCUUGCAAAUGUCUCCUGUUGUGUUUUUCAGGUACUGUGAUGUGUUUUGGGCAGACAGGUGCAGGAAAGACCUACACCAUCACAGGAUCCACCGAGUCAUACAAGCAGAGAGGCGUCAUUCCUCGGGCCCUUCAGGAGGUGUUUCAGGAGGUGGAGAAGAGGACCGAGCACGCCUUCUCUGUGUACCUGUCUUACUUGGAGAUCUACAACGAGACCCUGGUGGACCUGCUGUCGUCUCUGCGAGGCUCGCCGCCGCCGCCUCACAGUAUGGUGGUGAUGGAGGAGCCCGGCAGAGGGGUGUUCAUCAGAGGUCUGUCUCUUCACCUCGUCCACAGCGAGGAGGAGGCCCUCAACCUCCUGUUUGAGGGUGAGAUGAAUCGCAUUAUUGGAUCUCAUGCCUUGAACAGGAACUCCUCCAGGUCCCACUGUAUCUUCACUGUGCAUAUAGAGUCCCGCUCACGCACCCUGUCUGACGCCAAGUACAUCACCUCCAAGCUGAACCUGGUGGAUUUGGCUGGGUCAGAGAGGCUGGGAAAGACUGGGUCAGAGGGUCAGAUGUUAAAAGAAGCCGUCUACAUCAACAAGUCCUUGUCGUUCCUGGAGCAGGCCAUCGUGGCCCUGGCGGACCGUCGCAGAGACCACGUUCCCUUCAGACAGAGUAAACUCACACAUGCCCUCAAAGACUCCCUGGGGGGGAACUGCAACACUGUGCUUGUGGCCAACAUCUAUGGUGAGGCUGCACAGAUAGAAGAAACACUUUCUACUCUGCGUUUUGCCAGCAGAAUGAGGUGUGUGCGGACUGACCCUGCUGUGAAUGAACACAUGGAUCCAGCAGCUCACAUCAAAAAACUUCAGAAGGAUAUACAGAGGCUGAAAGAGGAACUGUCCAUCUGCAAUAAAUUUGCGAAGCGGCCAAGCAUCUCGUAUGAGUCGUUGUCUGAAGCGCAGCUGGCUGAGAUCAACAGCCAGGUUCAGAGAUACCUAGAGGGAAGCCUGGAGGAAAUCAGUAUCGUCAGUAUCAACCAGGUCCAAGCAGUGUUCGCCCAGUUCAAGCUUGCUGUGCAGGAACAGAAGCAGAAAGUGAAGGCUCAGACCUUCAACUUGAUAGAGAAAGACCGAAGUGCCAACACAGCUGCUAACAAGGAGUGGGAUACCACAGGAAGCACUGAGGAUGUGGAGGUUGGUCAGUUAACAAAAAAUGCCAACCAGCCAAGUUCGACCAAAGCCAAAACUAAGAAAUCUAGGGAAAAACCGAGCCAAAAUAAGAGACAGGGAGCUGGGAGUCCGGUUACAAGGAAGCGUUCAGAGAGUGCCUCCAAAUCAAAGCUGAUUUCUGUCCAGACACCUGAGAGGGAUCAGGAGUUACAGGAACCAGACUCAGAGAGCCAGGACACACAGGAAUCACAACCGCCUGGCAAUGAACCCUUCAACCCUGGCUCUCCUCCGCCCAAAGAAGAGGCCUUUGAGGUCUUUAAGGUGGGACAGGGCAGCAAAAUAAACUGCAUCCUUAAGGAGAACAAAACCGUGCUGCUGGAACGCUGCACUCUUCUUCGAAAGCUCACGGAUGAGGUCAACGCUGUGAAGAGAGAGAUCGACUGCACCACAGCCACCAUACAGCAGCACAAGGAGCUGAGAAGAGACCAAGGUCAGUAUUUGGUUAUGGAAGGGGAGCCACAGCUGCAGGAGCCAGAGGCCACUUUAUUGAAGAAGCUCAGAGAGCUGAAGGCCCAGUACCGGCAGAGAUACAAUGUGCUGGGUGACAUCAAGGCAGAAGUCAACUACUGUCAACACCUUGUGGAUCAGUGCCGGGUGCGCCUGCUCUCUGAAUUUGAGAACUGGUAUAAGAAGUCUUUCCUGGUACUUGAGGAGGAGCUGGACAUAACUCCAGAGAAGGCCCUCACAGAAGAGGAUGCAGAUGAGCAGCUUUCUCCUCACAACCCCAGCUCCGAGUCCUUCUACAACGCUCGCUACAGAACGCUGAAAAGGAGGAACAGCAGGGCGCUGGUCUUUACUCCAGUGCAGAGGAACUCGUCAGGACACAGAAGACUUCCUCCAAUUCUACCUGUUACAUAAGUGAGUUUUAUGUACAGACCGAACUGUCCACGUGUGCUCAAUGUGAUGAAAUGUAAUUCUGCACAAAAGACACAACACAAUGAAUCAGC